GCUGUAUAAACAUGGCUGCCAUCUGGAAGAGCCAAAAUUUUCCAGUUGUUUUAUUGACAUCUGCAACGAAUACACAAAAACUUCGCGAACAGCUGAAAAGAAUUGGUUUAUUUGACGGCAGAAGAAAAGUCCAGAAGCAAGACGAUGGAAACUUUGCCAUCCCAUGUCUCAACUUUGGGCUUGCAGCCUUCAUCCAAAAGUGUGACAACCUUGACUCCUUUCAGAAAAAUUGUAACACUCUAAGUUCUUUGCCACUCAAUAAAUUUAUUACUCAGAUACGUGGCAAACAAUUCGAUUUGGAUGGCACGACAUUUACAAUUGAUGUGUGUGAAUUGCGGCCAUCGAAAAAAGAGACCGUCAGAAGUGUAUAUAAGGAUCUUUUGGUGAAUCUUAAAUUGCUACUCUGUGAUCGAGGGUUUGGUGACGAUGAUGGACUUCUUGAGGAGUGUCCACGUCAUUGGGAAAAACACGGCGACUUAAUUCUUCUCCCUGAAGGAUCUUUCGUUUCUCCAAUCUGGGAUGAGUUCAGAGACGACUUAUUGUCCCUCUUGACAGACAUCUUCAAGGUGAAACGAAUUGCGAAAAAGUCAUCAAUAAGCCGUGAUGGGUAUCGAACGCCUCAGGUUCAGCUUCUUCUCGGUAGAGAUGAAUGGGUGGAGCAUGUCGACAACGGCAUCAGGUACAGCUAUGACAUCACCAAGUGUAUGUUUAGUGCUGGGAAUAUUACAGAGAAACUGCGUCUUGCUCAACUGGAUUGUCUUGGCGAGACCGUUGUGGACCUAUAUGCAGGAAUCGGUUACUUCACCUUGCCGUACCUUGUCCACGCUAAUGCGGCCAUGUUGCAUGCUUGUGAAUGGAACAUGAAUGCUGUCGCUGCCUUGAGACAUAAUCUGAAGGUGAAUGGAGUCGCAGAUAGAUGUGUGAUUCAUGAGGGUGACAACAGAAAGGUUUGUCCUACCAAUGUUGCAGAUCGUGUAAACCUUGGCCUCAUUCCAUCUUCAACAGAAGGUUGGCCCACAGCAUGUGCAGCACUCAAAAAGAACUCUGGAGGAGUCCUUCAUAUACACAGCAAUGUCACACUGAAACAGAAGAAAAACAGUCAUUUGUGUGAGUCUGGUGCUUCUGCUGGAAGCGCUGUCAGUGCUGUUGGUUGUGAAAACAAACGUGCUGUUACAAAUGACCAUGUUAACAAUAUCAAGGCAAGGACUUCUGGCUCAGGCUAUGAUUGUUUGGAACAUUCCAAGAAAGGUUCUGCUGUUAAUCGAGAGGAAAGGCAUACAGAGACAAUUAAUGGUGUUGUGUCUUCUUCGGCUCCUGGAUGUGUGAAAACUUUGAACACCAAAUCUUCGGACAAUGCUGUUGUAUCGUCAGAAAUUUGUCUCGAUACAGAAAAAGAAAAGCUAAGGACUUUCGAAAGGAUAUCCUGCACUACAACUAAUGAUAAGAUUGAAAAUUCUUUUGUAAAUUCUGUUGAAAAGAAUGACAGGUCAUGUGGCAAAGGGGAUCUAAGUAUCAAUAAGAAAGUUGAACUUUGGAAAGAAGAAGUCAUGUGCGCCCAGGAGUCUUCAGACACAUGGACAGAAACAGUCUCGGGCAUCAUAAAAGACAUUUUUUUUAGUCUUUAUUCUCAGGAUUGGACAGUUUCGGUUUUGCAUAUCGAGCGUGUCAAAAGUUACGCACCUCACGUGUAUCAUGUUGUGCUUGAUCUGGAAUGUCGGCCAUGAUAAAUAUUAUUUUGCAAUAAAUACAUCAAUGCCAGUAACCAUUAACCUGCAUUAGUGACAGUUCA